UUGGCAAAUGGCAAUCAAGUUGUGAUUGUUGUUAAUAUUUUUCUGUAGCUCGUAUUGGAUUCUAAAUAUCCCACUUAUAUAAAAGUUUAGUUUUUAUAGAUCGUGCUGUACAGUUAAAAUAUCAUAUUCAUUAGCUUAUGAAUCUGUGUUGCAUUAGAACUGCAACACUGCAAACAAAUGCACUGGGUAAAAAGCUAAUGUACACAGAUGCACAGAACAUUGAUAAGAAGAUGAAUUGAAAUGAGUCACCAAUACAGUAAACUAAUAUCGUUAUUAGUUUGAUUCACCAGAAUGUGGACGUAUUUAGGGCUACUUCUUUUGACCGGAGUGCUAUGGGGAUGCACAAACCCUUUCAUACGACAAGGAACCCGCGGACUGCGCAAAGUGAAAGCAGACACAACGUUUGGCCAGGCUUGUGCAGAAAUAACAUUCUUAUUGGGCAAUUGGAGGUACGUCCUUCCGUGGUUGGUGAACCAAGUUGGUUCACUGGUGUACCUAGUAGCAGUGCAACGCGUGCCAUUGUCGCUCGCUGUCCCAGCCGCUAACAGCUUGGCGUUUGCCUUUACUGCAGUCACCGGUGCCGCUGUUGGCUCCGAACAGCCUUUAGACUCUGGUAAUCCAUUCGGAGACUAUUUAUUUCAGUCAUCGUUAUCCUCUAAGAAUGAGCAGGGUUUUGGCCGUAGUCUGCCACGAUGGCCAAGUGCAGAUUGGUUGACACCUAAGUACACCUUUUUGAAUAUGAAGAACUAUCAAAUAUGUUAG